CUUUUAGUACUCUACUCUGAUCGGAAACGCACCAGUAAUGCUUGUUUACAAUGUGUAUGCUGUUAAACCUAGAUAGCUCAACUUAGGGACCAAACAUGGAAAACCUCAGAGUACUAGAAUUGUACAGCGGGAUCGGAGGAAUGCAUUAUGCAUUAACAGAGAGUGGUGUGGCAGCAAAGGUGGUAGCUGCAGUGGAUGUGAACACCACAGCCAAUGAGAUCUACAAACACAACUUCCCCAACACUCCUUUACUUCCCAAGACCAUAGAGGGAAUGACAUUGGAUGAUUUCAACAAACUGUCGUUUGAUAUGAUCUUGAUGAGCCCUCCAUGCCAACCUUUCACUAGGAUUGGGUUACAAGGUGACAUAUCGGACCCCAGAACCAAGAGCUUUCUCUACAUCCUCGACCUUCUACCAAGGCUCACCAAGUUGCCACGCUUCAUUCUGCUGGAGAACGUGAAAGGCUUUGAGACGUCCUCCGCCAGAGACUCUUUGGUGAAAAUGCUAAAGGAAUGUGGAUACAACUAUCAGGAGCUCAUGGUUUCUCCUACAUGUCUGGGGAUGCCCAACUCCAGACUCCGGUAUUUCAUGAUUGCCAAAGCACCACCAGGAUCUUUCUCCUUCCACACCACUUCAGAGAUCCAGGAAGGUUUCCCGCAACCCGCAGACAAGGUCUUAUUAGAGCCCAGUUCUCUAAUCUCACCUAGUCCUACUUCAACCGCCUACCAAGAGGAAGAUCACAAGGAAGAUGAAGGUGGUAUCCUGUACAAGCUGGAGCGGGCUCAGGAUGCUGAGAGGAAGAUCAGUCAGAACAGAGACCAGUCCCUCAGACAGAUCAGUGUCUACCUGGAGGACCAGGGAGAAGGGGAGAUGGAGCAGUACCUCCUUCCCACGAAGACCUUGCUGCGCUACGCUCUGCUCAUGGAUAUAGUCAGGCCCACCUGCAGGAGAUCUGUCUGCUUCACCAAAGGCUAUGGACACUACGUUGAGGGAACAGGCUCUGUGCUUCAGUCCUGUAUGGAAACCGAUAUGGAAGCAGCGUUUAAGUCUCCGGAGCGUCUGUCUGAUGAGGAGAAACUAAAUCAGCUGUCCAGGUUGAAGCUCCGCUACUUCUCCCCCAGAGAGAUAGCCAACCUCAUGGGCUUCCCCAAGCACUUCACUGUCCCAAAGAACAUUUCCACCAAGCAGCAAUACCGAGUCCUGGGGAAUAGCCUGAACGUACAUGUGGUCGCCCGGCUCAUAGAACUCUUGGUAUCCUAACCAGGCAUAUGCAGUUCGUGGUAUCCUAACCAGGUGUAUACAACUCAUGGUAUCCUAACAAAAAAUACUAUCUGCCUCGGGAAAAAUACUGUUUUCCAGUGUAUGUUUUAUAACUGAGAUAAUGUAGCCACAGUCUGUCUGUCCUACAGUCCACAGUUGAUCCAGUGGGACAAGUUGCAUUCUGUAUUUAUUGACCAAACUGUGUAAAUGAUGUUCUACAUGACAUGGAUUAGAAUCAUGGAAUCAACCUUUGCAGAUGCCUUUGCUAACUGAAUUAAAUAAAAAUGUUUUUUGUUA